CUUCAAAGAAGUAGGGACGUCCCAAGGAUCACAGAUAGGUCGGACUGUUCAAUCACGUAUCCACAGUCAGUGGAAGUCUUCUCAUUUUUUGCGAAAGAUGGCGGCGUUGGUGGCAGUCCCUCGCCUCGCCGCGUUUUGUAACUUUUCAUCAAGACCCAUUUCAGUGUUUGUGAUACAACAGAGGUUGCUACACCACAUUGCUAAAAGCGACAAUGCUACAAGUGUGGUUCCAGUCAGAGAGAAAAGCACAGCGAUGGCUGCUGCCAAGCCCGCUGCAGUAGCAAGCAGCAAGGGAGAAUAUGUCAUCACUAAACUGGAUGAUCUGGUGAACUGGGCACGCAGAAGCUCCCUGUGGCCCAUGACCUUUGGCCUGGCAUGCUGUGCGGUUGAGAUGAUGCACAUGGCGGCUCCUCGAUACGACAUGGAUCGGUUCGGAGUGGUGUUCAGAGCCAGCCCCAGACAGGCCGACGUCAUGAUUGUGGCAGGCACCUUGACCAACAAGAUGGCCCCCGCUCUGCGCAAGGUUUAUGACCAGAUGCCUGAGCCAAGAUAUGUCAUUUCCAUGGGCAGCUGUGCCAAUGGGGGUGGCUACUACCACUACUCUUAUGCCGUGGUCCGAGGGUGUGAUCGCAUCGUACCAGUGGACAUAUACGUUCCAGGCUGCCCACCCACAGCAGAGGCCCUUCUCUACGGGACGCUACAGUUGCAAAAGAAAAUAAAGAGAGAGAAGAAAAUGAGGAUUUGGUAUCGGAAGUGAAAUUAUGUACGUCUGGCUUUUUGUAGGUGUUGUAUUUAUUGGUCUGAUCAGCCAGUAAACCGGUUGGCAAUAUCCUCAGGAAUCACUCUGGGUUGAGCUCUGGCUCCUCUCUGUAGAAACAAUAAAGGAAUUUCUUGUCA